AUGGCGGAGCCCAAAGACUCACUGGACAAUGUUCGUGCACCUGACUCGAUGACCGGAAAGGCGUCGUCGGCCAAGAACGCCAACGACGACGACGGGAACACGAAUUAUCAUAACCCCAGUAGCAGCAACAAUGCCAUGCCGCCACCUUUAUUCGUUGUUCCCAGCAACGUGGAGCAAGAUCUCAGGAGGGACGCAGCCUCAUCGGCUGGCGACGGUGGUGAGUCUUACCCAGAGGGAGGCCUUCUGGCAUGGCUUGUCGUCCUUGGGGCCUGGUUGGGGCUUUUAUCGUCGCUCGGCCUCAUGAACACUCUUGCAACCUUCCAGACCUACUUGACGGAACACCAGCUCAAAGACUAUGACGAGGGCACAGUGGGCUGGAUAUUUUCCAUCUACACAUUCGUUGUGUUCUUUGGGGGACUAUUUAUUGGCCCCUUAUUCGACAAGCAUGGGCCGAGAUGGUUGGUCCUCACGGGCACCGUGUCAGUCGGUGCCAGCAUGAUGCUGUUCAGCAUUUCCACAGAACUAUGGCACUUCAUCCUGUCUUUCGGCGUCUUCUGCGGGCUGGGCUGUUCCUUGCUCUUCACCCCUUCCCUUGCGGCCGUAGGUCACUUUUUCCAGGUACGGCGGGGCCUCGCUACGGGGAUCGCCUCGACCGGCGGCAGCAUCGGCGGCAUCGUGUUCCCACUGAUGCUUCAGUCUCUGUUUCCGCGCCUGGGUUGGGGCUGGUCCGUUCGCACACUGGGUUUCCUGGUGCUGGGUAUUUGCGGCUGUGCAAACUUUCUCAUCCGCUCGCGUCUGCCGCCCGCCCAGGGCGCCAGCGCUCGGCCGGACUUGAACAUCUUCCGCAACCGCGCCUUCACGCUGACCACGCUGGGCAUAUUUUUGCUCGAGUUUGCGCUCUUCAUUCCCCUCACGUACGUCUCCUCCUACGCCCGGUCCAAGGGCUUCUCCGAGGCCUUUUCCUUCCAGAUCUUGCCCAUCCUCAACGCUGCCUCUGCCUUUGGCCGUGCCCUGCCGGGAUACUGGGGCGACAAGAUCGGUCCUUUCAAUAUCAAUUUGAUCAUGAUCAUGUUUUCCACGCUUUACCGUUUUCGUGCUGCUCCGGUAAAAUUUUUGGUAUAUAUAGCACCUGGCGGUAAGGUAUCUGCUAUAUAUAGCAGGUGGCAGCCGUAG